AUGCUAGCCGCAGCCACUCCGGGUGACAAGCGACUUCUGAGGGAAUUGCAUAUGGAGUAUAUAACUGACGCACAGUUCAUUUGUCCCAGCAAGUUCUUCGCCCAAGACUACUCUGAAAUGGGUAACUCAGUGUACUUUUCUGUUUUGGGCUACAGGUCGGCGAAGUUUCCGUUUCCAAAGUGGACUCGCGUGCCCCACACCUCUGACAUCGUCUACUACUUCGGCGUUCCUCUCCUCAAGCCGAAUAAGUUCACAGACGAAGAUCGGGAGUUCAGCAAGACUGUCAUGAAGGCAUUCACGCAGUUUGCAAAGACAGGAAGGCCAAUGAUCGAUGGAGUCGAGUGGCCACCCUACACCAACGACGACCCUGCGGCCUUGUGGCUUCAGUCUGGAAAUUACUCACUGCACCGGAAUAUUGGCGACAAGAACUGCGAAUUCUGGAGGGCGUACUUGACGUGA